GACUGCCAGGCGCAGCACUGGAAGGUGGGGCAUAAAAGGGAGUGUAAGCUGGCGGCAGCUGAGCUGGCCGUUGUUGAAGGGCGAUGGAAGCAGGCGGAGGACUUAUGCGCGCAUGUGCUUAAAACCACUCUCCCCAAGAUGGAAGCAGGGCCAGCCAAACAGAAGCUUCAGGUUCGAGUUCUGAAGUGCCGCUGCCGAGUCCGGAUGCGCUCCGACGACUUCAGCGGCGCCGUCGAGGACGCCCGGGCAGCUUUCGAGGAGAGCGGAAAGACUGACGGGCGGGCGAAGGAACGGACCGGUGGCGGGACUAAAUGCGAGAUAGACCUCCCCACUGCGUCUUUGAUAAACCACCACCUCCGAGAGUCCACGCGCUUGGACCCCUCUCUGGCGGAUGAGAGAAAAGCUGCUGCGCGCAUGGUUGCGGAGAAUCUGUAUGUGCUGCCUAGCACCUCCGACGAGAAUGCCAACAAGGACGUGAUCCGAACCAGGCUCGAAAGGGAUCGGCGGCGGCUGGCCCAGCUGAAACUGCCAAGCUGCCCAGGAAGAGACAUCCUCGAGUACCACAUGGCGGUGUUUGCGGACCAGCGAGAUGGCUCCGAGCUUGCAGGAGCCGAGGGACAAAAUACCCUUCAGAUCCUCAAGAUUCGGACCUUGCAAGCCAAGGCUGUCGUCCUCCAUGUGAUCAACAAGGUCGACGUCUUAGACGGCUGUAGGCGUUUGAAAGAAGAGUUGUUACGCAUCGAGCGAGCACCAGGUUGGCUGAGCGGAGAGAGGUUGGUCGUGCAGAACGUGAUCAGUUUGCAGCAAGACGUUAAGCGAUUAGCCAAGAAGUUGAAAGGUCUACCGCUGGAUGUCGAGCAGGGAAGAGAAGUCAAGGCUUUAGAAAAGAGGGUGGGGUCCUCGCUCUUGGGUGCGCUACAAGAGGCAAUGACGAUUGUGUUAGGGAAAGGGGUACUUGAACGACUGAGGCUGAUGGACGUUAUGGGGCCUUGA